GGAGAUCAUCUUGGUGGGUCUUUUAGUUUGAUUGAGAGAAGAAAAGUGUGAGACUUGAAAUGGCAACUUUCGCAGGGACGACUCAGAAAUGUAAGGCUUGUGAGAAGACGGUUUACUUGGUGGAUCAGCACACGGCUGACAACAAGGUUUAUCACAAGGCUUGUUUCCGAUGCCAUCACUGCAAGGGUACCCUCAAGCUUAGUAACUACUCCUCCUUUGAAGGUGUUCUGUAUUGCAAGCCUCACUUUGACCAACUCUUCAAGAUGACUGGAAGUUUGGACAAAAGUUUUGAAGGUGCUCCAAAAGAAGCUAGAGUUUCUGAUAAGGGCCAUGUCAACAGCAAAGUCUCAAGUAUGUUUGCUGGAACCCAAGAUAAGUGUGUUGCUUGCAAGAAAACCGUUUACCCACUUGAGAAGGUAGCAGUAGAUGGUACCUCAUACCAUAAAGCGUGUUUCAAGUGUACCCAUGGGGGCUGUGUGAUCAGCACAUCUAACUAUGUUGCCCAUGAGCACAGGCUCUAUUGUAAGCAUCAUCAUUCUCAGCUCUUCAAAGAGAAGGGGAAUUUCAGCCAACUUGACAAGCAUGAAGAUGCUAAAGGUGUCGCUGACGAUGCUGUUCUUGAUGCAUGAAAUUUGUCUUUUGAUCUCUCAAGGGUUUUCCAUGUCUUGCCCAUCAUAGCCUUUGUAUGUGAAACUGUAGGAUCUAUAUCUACAAGGUUCUUUCUAAGCAUGAGUGGAAACUAUGGAAGUAUAUAACAGAGGUAUUGGCCUAGUUUUCUAUUUUUUGGAGGUCAACAGUCAAACACAGGAGUUUCAGUCAUUUUCUAAUUCUUUUGAGUGUGAGGUUUGAAUAAUAUUACAGAAGAGGAAUAUAUUCUCUUACUUUUUGCCAUAAUCUAAACCAAAAUCUUUGGAGGGAGUGCUUUAAGUUUGAAAUGGAUGUUUUUGUUUUAAGAUAGAGAAGUCAAGUUGUUCUAUGGUUAGUUGCUGUAUUGCAAGCAGAAUUUGGUGCCUUUUCUUUUGAAAACAAAGCUGGCUAUUUGAUGUUUGAUUUUCUCUGUGGUAUCUAGAGUACAUAAUUGGUGUUUGUAGCUUGUUGAUAUGGACUGAAUCAGUCACCACUUUGGCUCAUUGUCUUCU